AUCCUUGAAUACGGGGUAUACGCGUAUAUCGUAUGUUCCGCGCGACCGUGCGCAGCGUCGUCUCGGCAGGCAGGUAGCCUCUCCCCCCCCUCCUCUCCCCGUCGACGGAGAGUGUCAGCGCGACACCCGGGGAGCUUCGUCGAAGGCGCGGUUUUCUCUCUUCGCCGGUGCGAGAGACACAAGAGCGAGGCCGGCGACGAGGAGAGAGAGAAAGAGAAAGAGACCCAACCAGAGGCAGCAGCUCGCCCGAGGUAGGAGGAGGAGGCGGCCAUCGCACCUGGCCCCCGGCUUCAAGAGCCUCGUUUGACGUCUGACGUUUGACAGCUGUCACUCGCGGCCAGGCGCUCCGCAAUCUUUCGCCGCGCGAGACGAGCGAGCGAAGGAGGGAGGAUCCGACCCGGAGGAACCAGUCGUCCAGAGGAAGAUGAGCUGUCAACGUAGCAACGCCGGCAAGAUCACGGUGCCGGACGAUCUGCGCGACGUCCUGCUGGAGUUCACCAUCAGCUACCUCCUGGAGCAGCCGGGCGACAUCAUCGACUACGCCGUGGACUUCUUCACCAGGUUGCGGGACGCUCGACGAACCCAACUCAUCCAGGACGGCCAGACCUGCUCGUCCACCCCAGACGAGUCCGUCGACGAGGAGCCACCAGUCGGCCGAUUCGCCUCCAGAAGGAAGAGCGUCUUCGCGGAGACGUACAAUCCUGAAGAUGACGAGGAAGAUGAAGGCUUCAAGAUGGUCCAUCCAAAGAGCGACGAGCAGCGACAAAGGCUCAGCGAGAGCGUCAAGAACAUACUUCUGUUUCGCGCUCUAGACGUGGAACAAAUGGCGGACGUACUUGACGCGAUGUUCGAAAAAACCGUUCAACCGGGAGAAUUUAUUAUCCGACAGGGCGACGAUGGUGAUAACUUUUAUGUGAUCGAGAGGGGAAAGUUCGACGUUUACGUGAAGGAUCCCAACACGGCGACGGAUAAUCGGAUUCACACUUACGAUAAUCGCGGCGCUUUCGGAGAACUGGCCCUCCUGUACAACAUGCCCAGAGCGGCCACCGUCAAGGCCGUCACCCUCGGCACCCUCUGGGCCAUGGACAGACAGACCUUCCGACGUAUUCUCCUCAAAUCCGCGUACAAGAAGCGCAAAAUGUACGAAGCCCUUAUCAAUAAAGUGCCGAUGUUGAAAUCUCUCGAGCCUUACGAACGUAUGAAUCUAGCGGAUGCUCUGGUACCGAAAAUGUAUUCCGACGGCCAGCAGAUAAUCAGGCAGGGCGACACCGCGGACGGGAUGUACUUCGUCGAGGACGGCAUCGUCAGGAUCACUAUACUCGGCGAGAACGGCCGUGAGAUUGAGAUUAAUCGUGUUCCGGCUGGCGGUUAUUUAGGCGAGCUGGCACUCGUGACGCAUAAACCACGCGCCGCUUCGGCCUACGCUGUAGGGGAUAUCAAACUGGCAUUUUUGGACGUUGAGGCUUUUGAGCGUUUGCUCGGCCCGUGUAUGGAACUUAUGAAACGUAAUAUUGACGAUUACGAGGAUCAGCUAGUCAAAAUAUUCGGCAGCAAAACCAACAUCUCCGACAUUCGAUGAACUGUCUACGAGCAGAGACACAACGUCGUCGCUAAAGGACACGCGACAUUUUCAUAGAGUAUAUAUAUAUACAUAAAUAUAAAUAUAUAUAUAUAUAUAUAUAUAUAUAUAUAUAUAUAUAUAUAUAAUGUAUAACGAGCACAAAAGAGAGAACUUGUACCACCUACUUUUGAAUCUCAUCCCGCGUAUAUUUCGAGUAUCGUCUCGAGGUCAACUGUUUCGUAUGACUGUUCAACUUUAGACGUAUACCGAUUAAGAUUCGUCGACGAUAUAGUUACCAAGUUUAUACCUACGACACACAUUGAACAAAACUAUAGGCUGCUCGACUAUACUCGACUAUGUAUAAACAAUAACAGAUAUUUAAUAACUAUUCUCUAAGACUGUACUAGAUCAAAAAAAGAGAGAAAGAGAGAGAGAAAGAGAGAGUACGUUAGUGCAUUCUAUUACUCGCUCGAUCGUUUGCGAAAUGAAUAUAUCUUCAUUUUAUUAUUAUCAGUCUCGGCGAAAGAUUGGAAUAUAAUGCUUUGAGAGAUCUAGGACAGCAUAUAUAUAUAUAUAUAUAUAUAUAUAUAUAUAUAUAUAUAUAUAUAUAUUAAAUACGCGUUAUUAUAUUAAUAUUCUUAUCCCUGGAAUGGAACUUAACAGUUUUAUCUCGAUGUAUUCAAUCUAUACAACUCGCGUGUAAAUUCCUCCUCUUCUCGUCAUUAUUCAUAUUUUACAAGCAAAUCGGCAGCUACAUUUAAUGAGACAUAAGCAGGAGUUUGUAAUAUUCGAAAUUGAAUGCUCUUCUUCUUCUCUCUGGCGAAGAUGGAUUACAGAAGAAAAAAACGACCAUAUUAGUGAUCGCAUUAGUGACACGAGUUUUGUAAAAAGUUUCUAUGAGAUACCCACAUAUGCAUAUCACUCCUUUUUGAAGAUAAUGAAAGUAACAUUGCCAUAUUAAACUUGAAUAAUAAACGUGAACGAUAUAAUAUCCUUUGAUACGUGAUCUAUUUAAGAACAUAAUAUCUUAAUGAAGAAAAAAAUAUCAAGUUAGACAAUCAAGAUUUUAUCUAUCAUUUCCAACGAGUAUUAACACGCACUCUCUUUGUGAAUAAAAAAUUACGCACAUGUACAUGCACGAACAAACAUCGCACAUAAAACACGCAUAUUGUAGUAAAAUUAUUUUUAAGCGCAACAUUUAAUCCAUAAUAUUUUUAUUUUAU